GUGACACAUCCCGAGUUGUUAGAAAUUUUAUUCAUUUUACAAAGAAAAAUACGCGUCAAAUAUAUUAAAUAUUUUUCUCUUAGUUUUAUAGAAAUAAUUUUUUGGAAUUGGUAAUUUUGUGCAUUGAAAAUAUUAAAAAAGCAUUAGACUUUCAAUUGUUUUAAUUGUGUUUGGCAUCUUUUCUGUCCACAUAAAUUAACAAGAAAGAAAAAUAGUUUUUGACAUAUGGGUUGUCAUUUGAUUUGGUGAAAUGUCAAAUUAGAACUUAACUAUGUAUGUACUCAAAUCAAAUUCAAAACUACAUUGAAUAUCUUGGAAAUUUAGAAAAAAAUACAUAAAACAUAAAUCAAAAAAAGAAAUUAGAAAAUGUUCAGUAAAAGGGGUUCGAGUUCUGGUGCAAAAGGUAGUCGUUCACAAAGCGGUUCGUCAACUUCUUCUAAAAUCACAGUAACGAAAACUCCUCAUCAGACUUCAGGGGGAACUAAUAUUAUAUUGGAAACGAAUGAUACGGAACCGACCGUUAAUAUACCAUUUAUUAAAAUUGGUGAUAAUGCACGUUUAUUGCCAAAAUAUUCGUCUUCGUUAAUGAGAUCGAAAGAUGACUUUGUUCCAGCCGAAGAUUUGGAUUUUAUACAAUUAGAAUUAGAAAGCUUAUUAUCCACCGUUGCGCAGAGACAUAGAUUUCUCAAAUUGGAAUAUGAGUCUUUAGAAAAGGAUGAUAAACGUCGUAGUAAAAUAGUAGAAAAACAACCGUCAUCACCUGGCAAACGCAAAAGAUUAGAUGAUAAAAAAUCUAAGACUUCACAGUUCAAAUCAACAAAACAAAAAAAUCCAAAUUCAACAUAUUCUCCGGCUGCAUCCUUACAUACGGAUGAUAGCAGUGAGUCAACAACACAUUCGAUACCUCAACAACAGCAGCAACAGCAACAUCAGCAGCAUCAACAUCAUCAUCCGCAUCAUCACACCCAAGCACAUCAUGUACCAAAAAAGGAACAAAAGCUAAUGCUGCCUAAGAAUGAUAUCCCAAAUAAAUUUUGGCUUUCAGUUGAGCCUUAUUGUAUGCCAUUAACUAAUGAGGAUCUUAAAUUAAUUGAUGAUUUAUUAGAGCAGUAUCAAGGGCCUUUAAUACCACCUAUACCUGAUCUUGGACCUCACUAUAGCUCUAUAUGGGCGGCCGAAGAUAUUAAGGAAGAGAAAGACAACUCUAGUUCAAACCCAAAAUCAAAAUCAAAAAACAGUUUACACACAAAUAAUAUGGACAGUGGGGACUUAUUAAAAAAGGGGGAGAAAAUAAUGGGUGAAGGUAUUACAGGACCCUUAACGCAACGUUUGGUUUCAGCAUUAAUGGAAGAGAAUUUAAUUACGGAUGGUUUUUCAAAUGCGGACAGCAAUAGUAGUUCCGAAAAUACCACAUCAAAUUCCGCCUCCACCUUAAGAUCUCUUUCUCUAAUGAAAAAUGGCAUAAGUAUAGAAAAGCGAAUGAAAAAGGAGUUAAUAGAACAAGGAAUAUUGGAUUUAGAUGAUUUUCCAAAGAAUGAUGAAGAUGAAAUAUUAAAUGAAAUAAAACGUGUUGUAGCUGAGUUAACUGCCAUUUCAGAAUUCAAUCGAACUGAACUACAAAAUUUAAAAUUAGCUGCAAAAGCAGAAUUACAAAGACUGGAAGUUAAAAGGAAAUUAGAUCAAGUAGAUCAGGAAAUCAUAGAAAUGUACAAAAAAGUUCUAAUAGCAAAGCAGAAACGUCGACCGUUAACUUCGAAUGAGCAGGAAGAUAUAUUCAGAUUAACGCAAGAGCAAAGAAGAUUAUGUGAACAAUUAGAUAGCAUGCCAGUUCCUGGACCAAAUUCAAAGGAGUAGGUGCUUUCUUCUGUCCUAUUCUUUUUCAUUUUUUAUUAAAUUACCACUGCUAGUUUUAAAAAAAAUCUUUACUUUUAGUCUUAAAUUAUUAAUUGGACAUUUAGUUUUUAUCGUAACUUUUAAUAUUAAAUGUUUAGUUUUAAAAAUAAAUUGAUUUUUUUCUAUUUAGAAAAAAUUUUGCUGUCAAAAAUAUCUUAAUAUUUUAAUUAUUUUAGUUAAAAUUAGGCUACAACAUUUUUAAAAUUAAAAUAAAAUAGCUACAUAUAUAUCUGUAGAAAAAA